GUAGAAAAGGAGGAGACCUUUCAUUUUCUGUGUGUUAUUGGUUAGGUAAUUACCUUCAACUUAAUUUAAAGGGAGAAUAUAGGAAGCUCCUGUUCAGAAAUGAGAAGAGCACUGAAGAUCAGAAGUCAGGAUGUCUCAACAGGAAUCCCCUCUUAGCGGAACAGAUCUGAGAGCGCUCCUCAAAUGGCACCGCACAGAAAUUGCUGUGGCUGUUACUGACCUCUUCCCUCUGCUGCAUGGUAUGAUGGACAGAGACCUUGUGUCUGAAGACAGAUUCCAGGAGACUCAGCGUGCUGGUGAAGGAAUGGGAGCUCAGAAAGCUUCUCACACUCUCCUCACGUGGCUUCUCACUCGGGAUAUGCACCAUGUCCGUGGUUUUUGGUCUCUUCUGUCCACAGAGUAUAUUUUAAAGAGUUACCCUCGCUUAUCAGGAAUCCAGAAAGUUCUUCAGACUGCUUCAGAAAGCUUGUCCCAUCGAAAAGCUCGCCGCUCCACUUCUGCCACCAAAUACUCAGGCCAUCAAAAGCUGCAGAAGAAACGCAAAGCUGGAGGAGAGAAAGACUCAGGAGGCACAGGACAACUUUUUGGCACUGGCCCUCCGCCUAAAACAAAACCGCCUCGUAAAAUAGAGAAAAUGGAGAAACUGGGGUCCUCAUUGGUGCCACAAGUUCAUUGUUCACAAAGAUCACCAACCUCUGUGGGUGACGCUGAAGGGAAAGCGGCCAUCUUCACCAUAAGCAAACCGGUUACAACAGAGAAGAAGACCAGCCCAGAUAAGUCCAAGCAGAAGGAAACCGAGCUGGAAAACACAGAGCGACACCGAAAUAAGCCCCUAAAACUGACUCUACGUACAAAGUUAUCUGCCAGUGAUACUGGCAUUGUUGCUCCGACUGUUCCCGCCCCAGAGUUGUCACAUCAUCAGAGUAACGAUGAUGAGUGUUCAGUGUGUCGAGAUGGCGGGGAGUUAUUAUGCUGUGAUGGAUGUCCACGGUCUUUUCACCUAUCAUGCCUUGUGCCUCCACUCACUUAUAUCCCAAGUGGAACAUGGAGAUGUGACUCUUGCAAGAAAGAUGGACCACUGGCAGGCAGAUGCAAGGACCCCAGUGAUAAGGAUGCUAUGAUGCAGACUGAGGCUACACAGAAUUCAGCAAUGGAAAGCAGCACGGACAGUCAGGUCCUCCCAGAGAACAGUGUAAUACAGAACACACAGCUGUGCUCUGAUCAGCACCAGAUAUACAACCAGCAAACAUCCCAACCUAAAAUGUGUCCCACAUCCCAAGCCUACUCUCAGCUGCAGACGCAGAGCUCCCAUCAGCCCCUGCCUAAACCCCUGAAUGGUCCUCCUUUACUAUCACGCCCAUGUCCCUCUCAAACCCCUCUGCCACAGAUUUGCACACAGCUUCCUCUUGGGCCCCAAGUUAGGAACUCCCAAAAAGUUCACACUCUUGCACAUCCACCCCAUAUUCAGAGCUACACUGCAGUAGUGCCACAGGUUCCUCUUCCAAAUAAUGUUCAAUCCCAGUUACACCCGGCUGAGGGCAGCCUCCUGCAAGAAGCCUGUUCUGGGGUCAGCAAUGUACAUCAGUUUGAGAGGCCUCCUCCUUCAGCACCUAGAGCAGAACGCUGUCCUCCAUUUGGACCAGCUCGAGGAGACAUGAUGCCAGGGUCUGGAUUUUUACAGCAAGAAAUGGCUGAAGCUAAGGGUGUGACGGAUACUAUUGGCAGCAACCUGACAUUGAGCCGACAUGAACUGGAAUGCCUUAUUUCUGAGAGUUCAUUUGAUUGCUUCUUACAGUGGGCUUUCCAGAAUAUGACUCGUCCAUUGACAUAAUUUGAAGACUCUCAUCUCCUCCUGCUUUGAUCACUGCGGUCUCUUCUUAGAAGCCUAGCUUAUUUUACCCUAUUGUGAAUAAAGUAAUCUGCUUUAAAUAAAACACUUCAAGUGAAGGAAGAAAUGAGGCCAAGUGCCAAGUAAAUCAGUGCUUUCCAUUAGGGCUGAUACGACAGAGGUCCAUGCCAUACAGAAAUGACCAGUCAAUUACAUUAAAAAAACAGCAUUUUGUUGACAUAUGCACUUUAUGCAAGGCCCAGCAUGAACUCAUCUGCCAUGACCUGCAGAAAAUGUCAUCUAAAUAUAUGAAAAUUAGCCUAUGUCAAAAAUAUGGAGCCUACUCUUGGUCCUAUGCAUGGCUGUAUAAUGGAUCCAUUAUGUGCAGAACCAUAAUAGGGCAGCCAUAGAAUUACAUGGGGUCUUCACUGUACCUCCAUAUGCCUGUGGUUUCAUAUUAUGGCAUGCUCCAUCAGAUGUCGUAUGUAUGGAGCUUUUCUCGCAUUUUUGUAGGGGAGAAUAGCUCUAUACAUAUGGCACUUGACGGUAGCUUGAAUGUGCUACUGUGUACAAGAGGUGUAAAGCUAUUCCAGCUCGCCUACUAUCAGAUCUGUUCAAAAGUCAUGUUAACGGGUCAGAGCUCAGACACUGAAUGAAGCAGCUCUUUUGCCUCUAGCAGAGCAGAAAGUCCCAGCAGUAAACAUCAGCUAAGAGCUAAGAUAUCAGUGCUCCUGUCCAUCAGAACAAUGGUUACAUUGUUCCAACCAGGGACAGCACUCAAAUCAUUAUCACUGUUAUAAGGGUCCUGUCACUGUUUUAGGGGUCCUGUGGCAGGAGCUUCAUGCUAUCAUUUUGAUGGGAACAGAAAAUCACAGUAAGGGUACUUUCACAUUUGCGGCAGAGUGAUCCGGCAAGCAGUUCCGUCGCUGGAACUGCCUGCCAGAUCCGACAAAACGU